AUGUCAAAGAAGAAGGUUGGAGAAAGAAAGUACGAUGUUUUUGUUAGCUUUCAUGGGGCGGACAUCAGACGAGUGUUUCUUUGUCAUUUGGUUGAGGGUUUCAAAAGUAAGACUGUAAAAGUGUUUGUUGAUGAUGAAAUUGAGAGGGGAGAAGAAAUAUGGCCAUCACUUGUUGAAGCAAUCGAAGGAUCAUCCAUUUCAUUGAUCAUAUUCUCACAAGGCUAUGCUUCUUCUCAUUGGUGUCUAGAUGAAGUGGUGAAAAUUAUUGAAUGCAGAGAGAAAGAUGGACAGAUUGUAAUCCCUGUUUUCUAUUGCAUAGAACCCAAAGAUGUAAGAGAUCAAUUGGGGAGUUACAAGAAUGCAUUUGACGAACAUGAAAUCAAAUAUGAGAGGAAGGUCCCAAUCUGGAGACAUGCCUUGAAUAAAUCCACACUCUUAGCAGGAAUUCAGUCAUCAAAAUUUCGGGAUGAUGCCGAUUUACUUAAAAAUAUUGUCGAUGUUGUGUCGACGAGGUUGGAUAAAACCCUGAUUGAAGGAAAAGUUGGAAAUGACAAAAAAAUUGAAAAAAUGGAAUCAGUUAUACAUAAAGAGUCAAUCUGGAGUUGUCCUAUACAAAAGAUAUUUAGCAAACUGUGUGGAAAUAGAGAAUGUUGGGAUAUGGGUGGUAAGAUUGAGAGGAAAGCUCGAUGGACUCAUCUUACUAAGAGGAUCUGUAAAGGAUUUCAACCACUGGAAACUUCAAAUUUCAUUUAUGAGACAAGUUUUAGAGAACUGUCGUCUGAGUUGGCAGAGGCGGCUAGGAGAAAAGCUGAAUUUGCAAGGCUUCGUGAGCUUCGCACACUUAAGGGACACGUUGAGUCUGUGGUGAAGCUGAAAGAAGGGCUUACAUGCAUUACUGGUAUGAAACUUGAAAAGAAAGAAAAUUACCUUGCUUCGCUUCACAUGCUGUGUAGCCUCUCAAAUCAUAUCACAGAAGCGACAAAGUGUGGCGUUGUCGUUCUCUCUUUCUCGUCUCUUCUCUUCCACCCAGAAAAAAGGGCGGUGUCCGUACAGACACACACCUUUCUUUGUGAUCCAGAAAUGGAUGCCGUGGAGUCUUCUGUGGCUAUGGAAUGA